AUGAGUUGCGAUAAGCCUGACUAUGAUCCUUUGGAGGACCUUGUAACGAUAUUAUCUGGAAUUGAUUCGCUCGACCACCUGGACAAGCUGUUAGUGGCCACGAGAGAGCAUAAGCUACGAUUGCAUGAAGAGGUUAAGGCUGAAAGGGAAUUAGCAGACUCGCCGCUGGGAAGCGCAGACGAUGAACUGGAUCAGCUGAUUCACAAGGUUGAGAGAACGCAGCAAUUAUCGAAAAGUACGGAAUCGACCAUCUCGGAUUUAACGAAAGACAUUGCGUACCUGGAUACAGUGAAGAAGAAUUUGACGCACUCUAUGGCGUGGUUCCAGAACCUCAAUGACCUGAGCGAGUCCUACUGCCAGUGCAAGCACUAUCUCGAGCAGCAGUCCUUCAAGGAAAUGAGCGCACCCUAUGCGGUGAUGACCUCUCUUAGUGAUAUGUUCCAAGGAUACAAGUCCGUGACAGAGAUCAAUCGCCUGCUUGAGCUGAUACGUGCUUUGGAAGAUGACACCAUUCACUCUAUCAAACAGCUUUAUCGAAAGCUCUUUGAGAGCAAGGAGACCCUCAAUGUCACCGAGGCGACUUUCAAGGAAGGUGCAUGUGUGUUGCUGGAAUCCAACCCCACUGAUAAGUUUGAAGUCAUCAAUUGGUCUUUAGAUAAGAUCCUGGGGGAAAUUAGAGAGAUAUUUCAGGUUGACGAUGAGGCAGGGUCACUUGAGAAUAUAUCACGACGUUACCUUUUCUUUAAAAGGGUGCUGAACAAUUUCCAGGCAAACUUUGCAUCGUACUUCCCAGCUAGCUGGGAAAUGCCUCUGAGACUCACCUCGAUGUUCUUUAUUUUUACUAAGCAUGACAUCCAAAUACUGCUCGACAGAGAGAUGAAGAAGACGCCUUCCUUGGAAUUGUUCAUGGAAGCCCUGCAAGCGACUGUCGACUUUGAAAAAUAUAUUGGAAUAAAGUUCUCUAAUAAACUCUCCAACAUAACCCACGAAAAGAUCUCAACCUGUUUCGAACCUCAUCUGUCGCUCUGGCUCUCCCAUCAUGACCAGGUUAUGAACAGCAAAAUGCUGGCCUAUAUGAGCGAGACAAAACUCCCGAACUCGUCAGACUCGCAUGUAGUGCCAUCCAGCGCGGCAUUGUUUCGAACAUACCGUCAAAUACUGAGCCAAACCUUAGAGCUCACGGAUGGAGAAGGAAGGUCGGCAGUCCUCUCUGACCUUGCUGGGUUCUUUUCCAAAUGGUUAAUUGAGUACUCGAACAAGAUACUACAGCCUCUCUUACUUCCUGAGAACGCUAGAAUGGAAGAAAAGGAUGAGGUUAUACAGUACACAAUACUCAUGAUCAAUACCGCCGAUUACUGCUCUAUUACUGCAGGACAGCUUGAGGAAAAAUUACAAGAAUAUGUGGAUUCGGGUGACACUAUCUCAAAACAAUUCGAUAAGGCCAAGUCGAGAUUCGGUUUGUUAGUGUCGCAAGGUUUACAGUUCCUGUUGACGCACAUUUUGUCGCCUGAACUGCACUUUGCAUGGAGGGAGUUUUCGAACUCCGACUGGAGACAUCCGCUUGGUGAGGGUUAUAGCAGGUACAUUGUCACGUUAGAACAUAUUCUAACACCGGAUGAUGUGCAGGGUGAUUCCCUCGUGCACAAGCUAUUAUCGCAGUUCAAUAGAGAUGUUUUUGUUUGGAAUAUGCUGGAUAGAAUAACCGAACUCGUAACAACGGAGUUUCUACGUUGCAUUACAAAACUGCUGGUUCCAAAGGAACCCUUUGGUAACAUGAAAAGCAGGAGACAGUUCACUGUCGCACAGGUCAUAGGCAUUGGUAAGCAACUUCUGCUUGACUGUCAGUCACUGGAACGUAUUUUGAAAAAGCUUCCUGAAGGUCUGCCAGACGGGAAAGCCACUCAAAACAAUAGAAUCAAUCGGCAUAUCGACACCAACAUUGCCCAAUUAUCCGCCCUGUGUAAAGUGCUGGCCGUGCCAUUGGACUCGCCAGCCUCGUACCACGAUGAGUACUUCGGCAUCAUUAACAAUAAAAACCACGCGGUGUGGGCAUUGGUGUUCGCACUCAAGGGAAUGCAAUGGGAGAUCAGCGAGUGGAAGACAUACUGGGAAGAGUUCAAGACGCGCGAGACGAGUGCCACAGAAAGUAGCAUUGAUCUCUUCAUCUUCUACCGCGACGAAAGCACGGUCCGCCACUUUGUUGCGGCAAUGCUGAAGGUCGUGGACCCGGGCUGGAAGGCGUUCGCCUCGGAGGAACUGCGCCUUGUCUCCUCGCGCUCCAGCAGCAGGCCCUCGACGCCGCCCCCAUCCAAUAUCGGCCCAGCCCGUAACAAAAGUAUAAACGAGAAUCUCAAGAACCUCGUCUCGAACACAAGGUUCUUCAACAGAGGUGGGUAA